CUUAGAAGUCACAAAAAGAUCCACUCGGGAGAGAAACCAUUUAAAUGCAUAGAGUGUGGAAAGACGUUUACUCGGAGCAAUGGACUUGCUAUCCACAAAAAGAUCCAUACAGGGGAAAGGCCAUAUAAAUGCAUGGAGUGUGAAAAGACCUUUGCUCAAAAACGUCAUCUUUUUUUUCAUAAGAUGAUCCACACAGGGGAGAAGCCAUAUGAAUGCAUGGAGUGCGGAAAGACAUUUACUCAAAGCAGUGGACUUAGAAGCCACAAAAAGAUCCAUACAGGGGAAAAGCCAUUUGUGAGAUAUAGAAACUCGAAGCCAUUUGAAAUCUUUGCAAGCCAAAAUUCUCUCUUUGGGGGAACAGAAAAAAAGAGAGGAAUAACUUGCAGGGAUCCGUCCUGUUGCGGCCCCAGAAAUGGUCCUGUGAAGGAAAAGGCAUCUGGAGAUCCACCAGAGUCCUUGGACCCAUUUGCAGUUGCUCUGCGGGAGAGAGAAAGGAUGGAGACACAACCUUUUGCAAAGGAGGGAAGCGGAAAAGGCCCUUCAGCUGUUCAGCCUGGGAAGGGUGGGGAAAUCUGGACAAGAACUGGGGAGGAGAUCCUGGAGGAGGAAACCAUCCUUCCUUCAGAAGUUCAGCCUUGCAACUUCAGGAGCCUCCAAUACCAGGAGGCUGAGGGUCCCCGAGGACUUUGCAGCCAACUGCACGACUUUUGUAGGCGAUGGCUGAAACCGGAAAAGCACACCAAAGCCCAGAUGCUGGACUUGGUUGUUCUGGAGCGGUUCCUGUUCCUUCUGCCCCCAGAGAUGGAGUGCUGGGUGCGGGAGUGUGGAGCACAGACCAGCUCCCAAGCGGUGGCCCUGAUGGAAGGCUUCCUCCUGAGCCAGGCGGAAGAGCAGAAGGAGCAGCUCCAGUUGCAGUGUUGCACUAUGGAGAUCAGAGAUCUUGAGGGAAAGAAGAAUCCAUCAAAUCCCCCUCAGGAGCAAUUUUUCAGGAGGAUCCCUUGGGAAGAUCCAAGUCAGGACACCUCAGGAGAAAUACAAAGAAUGAAGUUAUCUGUUUUUUACGAUGGAGCUCAAACAGUGGAUGAACCUCCAAAUCUAGAGAAUCUUGUGUCUUUUGAGGAGGUGGCUGUGUAUUUCUCUGAGGAGGAAUGGUCACAGCUGGAUCCUGACCAAAAAACGCUGCAUUCGGAAGUCAUGCUUGAAAACCAUAGGAACGUGGCCUCUCUGGGUAACAAUGGGCAGGAGAAUCAAGGUUCCCGUGAAAUGUUCCAAGUGAUCAAUGCUAAAGAUGGAAUGGAGAAGUUUGGAAUUCAAAUGGAAUUUGAAAGCCAUGAGAGAAACCAGUCAAAUGAUUGGAAUCAGGAAAGCUCAUUUUCCACUGAUGCUCCAAUGCAAGACUUUCUUGCCCAACAGUUGGAACCAUAUAACUUCCUUACAUCCCAAAUUGAUACAAAAGAGAAGCCUUAUAAAUGUUUGGAAUGUGGAAAAUGUUUUAGAACAAAUGGGCAUCUUACUUCCCAUGAAAGGAUCCACAUAGGGGAGAAGCUGUAUAAAUGUAUGCAGUGUGGAGAAACCUUUCCUUGUACCAACGAACUUACAGUCCAUAAAAGGAGACACAUGGGAGAGAAACCAUAUAAAUGCAUGGAAUGUGGAAAGACCUUUGCUCAGAGUAGUGGACUUAGUUGCCAUAAAAAGAUCCACACAGGAGAUAAACCAUAUAAAUGCACUGAGUGUGGAAAGGCCUUUGCUCUGAAUGGUAGACUUACUAUCCACAAAAAGAUCCACACAGGGGAGAAGCCAUUUAAAUGCAUGGAAUGUGGGAAGACCUUUGCUCAAAGAGGUACUCUUAUUUCCCACAAUGUGAUCCAUACAGGGGAGAAGCCAUAUAAAUGCAUGGAGUGUGGAAAGACCUUUGCUCAGAGCAGUGGACUUAGAAGUCACAAAAAGAUCCACUCGGGAGAGAAACCAUUUAAAU